CGCGCAUCCAACAGCUCGGUCCGCACCACCACCUCCUCCCUCUCACCCGCACACCGGCCCGCCGCACGGCGCCCCGCUCUCCCACCAUGGCGGUCCUCUCGCCCGCCGCCAUCGUGCUCUCGCUGCCCAUCGGCACGCGCGUGCUCUGUGCGCUCCUCGUCGCCGGCUCGCUGCUCGCGCUGCUCCUCUCGCAGUUUGCCGCGCCGCCCGAGUUCCACGGCCCGCGCAUGCCGCUCUUCUACGCCCUCGUCAUCGUGCCCGGCACCAGCUUCGUCAGCCCAUGGACGCUCGUGACAGCGAUGUUCGUCGAGACGUCGAUCUGGGAGUUUGCCAUCUCCAUCGUCGCCCUGCCGCUGGCGGGCCGCUACUUCGAGCGGCUCUGGGGCGCAGCCGAGCUCAUCAAGUUCGUCUUGAUCGUCGGUGUGCUGAGCAACGUGGUGGCAUGGUUCCUGGCUGUCGUGGCGUACGCGGUGCUGCGCAUCGAGUCUGGCAUGUUCCAGACGCAGUACCACGGCAUGCAGGCGGUGCAGACUGCCUUCCUCGUGGCCCUUGCGCAGAUCAUUCCAGAGCACCGCGUGCAGCUCUUCGCCGGGCGCGUCAAGAUCCGAGUUCGCGACUUGCCGAUGGCUUAUGUCACGGUGUCGAACGUCAUGUGCCUCCUCGGCGUCAUGUCGCCCUGGAUUCUCAUUCAAUUUGGCUGGCUCAUUUCUUGGGGCUACCUGCGCUUCUUCAAGGUCAACGACAACGGCACGCGCGGCGACCGCAGCGAGACCUUCAGCCUCGUGCAGUGGUUCCCGCCCUUCAUGCACAAGCCCGUGGGCAUGCUGUCCAACUUCCUGUACCCGAUCUGGGUGCGCCUGGGCGUGAUCCACCCGUACGAGUACUCGGCGCUGGGCGACGUGGAGCUCGGCGUCGGGCGCGAGCUCGGGCGCUCCAACUCGGGCGCCAGCUCGGCCAGCAACGGCGCCGGAGCGCGUGCCGAGGCAGAACGGCGCCGUGCCAUGGCGCUCAAGGCGCUCGACUCGCGCGCGCCGAGCGGCAAGCAGGACUCCGGCUCUUCCGCUCCUGGCGGCAGCAGCAGCGCAGGCGCAGCGGAGCCCGCAUCGCUGCCAACGCAGAACGUCCGCGUGCCAGACGUCGUCAUCUCACAAGCGUCGCCACAGGGCGGGCCGUCGCGUGACCGCAAGGACGCGGCAGAGUUGGAAGGCGAGGGUGACAUCGGCGCGAGAACCGCGGAUGACGACGACGACUGGAAAUGAAAAGGACUAGCCCGCGCUGGGCGCGAAGGUUAGAGGUGCUCAGCAUCCACGGACGCUGCGAUCGGACUGCGCCGCUGCGAAGGCAAAGCGAUGGCAAUCGGUCUCGGGCGGCACUCUGAAGAGAGGAUGGAUGCUCGCUCCCG